AUGUCACAGAAUAUACGAGAAUUAUCCAAUGGGAGUAUAAUAAAUACACAGGAGAUAGUUCAGUCUAUAAUUCACAUGAAGAGUACCAAGAAUAUUCCAUUAUUUAUAGGUCACAGGGGAAUGGGCAUAAAUCAUGCACAGGGAGAGAAUACAAUAGGAUCCAUUAAUACGUGUGGUACGUUUAUGAGUAUGGCAGAGAUAGAUGUACAAUUAAGUAAGGACAUGAAAGUAUUUGUAUACCAUGAUUUAGUACUUAAUGGUAUAAGUAUAGACUGUAUACACUCAGAUAUACUUAUAUCCUUAGGGAUACCAUUAUUAUCAGAUGUAUUAUUAAGUACAACAGUAGAUUUAAACAUAGAGAUUAAAUAUGAAGAACAAUCGAUACCUGUGGAUGUAUGGUGUAAAUAUAUUACACAAUGUGUAAAAAGUAAUAGCAGAGACCGGUUCAUUAUUUAUAGUUCAUUUAACAAAAAGAUUUGCGAAGAAAUCAAAAAGACGCAGGAUAUAUUAUACUUAGUGGAAGAAUUAACAGAACAUUCUGUACAAUAUGUAAUAAGUAAUGAUUAUACCGGGAUAGUCACAGAAGCAGAUGAAGUACUUAAUAAUACUGUAUUACUAAGCAAGAUUAAGCAGACCAAUUUAUUAGUUAUAACGUACGGUAAAGGCAACUCAGAUUAUAACAAGAUAGAUAAGCAGAUAGAAAUGGGUGUAAACGGGAUUAUAACGGAUAUAAUAGAAGACGUAUACAAGAAAUAUAUUAAAAUACCAUAA